CAGCUGUCAUUUGCAGUAACCAAGGCGACUUUCUAUAGGUAACGACAAUUCUCCAGCGCGUUUCGACUCCAGCCAUUCUUUAUCAUGUGAGCGAUGUGGCUGUCGGGAGCCGGCGACAUCCACAUUACAGGGCGUAGAGUCUUGGGCCCUUAUAUGCAGCGGAGCCCGUGACACUGGAAUGGCCACUCAUGAUGACAAAGGUAUCAAAAAGAAUCUCUGUAUUUGAUAUUUUCCCAGAAGACAACAGAACUCAGGAUGUGUCCCCCUUAGGUACCGGAGAAGAAGCCACAGUGGAGGCCAAUGCAGUUCAGCCAGUGGAUGAGUCUGCCGUCAUCAUCUCAACAGCCACUGAGCUGCAGAAUGUUUCUGGAUCUGAGACCUUGUGCAGUUCAGAGGAGAAAUCGCCCCUGUGCUCCCUACAUCGUAUGUCCAGAAUCCUCAUCCACAUCUCCAUCGUCCUGUCCAUUGUAGCAGCAUCUCUGUCUGUGCUUCUGAUCUUGCAGUAUUUCUAUUGUCCUUCGGUGCAGCGCGCCUGUCCGGACUAUUUGGAGGCAUGCGCUCCCUCGUUAAACUGUUCCCAUGCAGAUGGUGCCAACCUCUGCCCGCCUAGCAGACAGCCAAGCAAUCGGACCCUGGCCAGCGAAUACCGGAAUCCUGUGCUGCUGCUGACUGGCGGCUCGCUGCUUCAAGUCUACAGCGUGAACAGCGGGCGGUAUUACACUGUGUGUCACCAGGGCUGGGAGACCUCACAUGGCUGGACAGUCUGCAGAGAACUGGGGUUCAAUAGCCACACAGUAUUAUCUUCCCCGCUGCCCCUCGGUGGCACAGAGCCUGCCUGCCGAGAAUCCUUUGCGGUGAUGAAUAAAACCACCGGAUCUCCCAGUAACUUGGAUGGAUUCCUGAAUCCUGUACAGAACUGUCCAGAUGAAGAGGGCGUAUCGCUGCAGUGCACGGACUGUGGCCGUUCUUCUGCUGAUGGCCAACGUAUAGUUGGAGGAUCUCCAUCGGCCUGGGGACGUUGGCCAUGGCAGGUCAGCCUGCGCUGGGAUGGACGGCAUGUCUGUGGAGGGUCCAUCAUUUCUUCCCAGUGGGUGAUGAGUGCGGCCCACUGCUUUGUCCUGUCCAACUUCCUUAUGGUGGCAAGGUGGAAGGUUCACGCCGGCUCUACCUCCCUCAACCCGUCCACCUCUCACUCUGUCCGGAGCAUCUACUACAACGGCCUGUACAACCCUGAAACCAAUGACUACGAUGUCGCUCUGCUGAAAACUAGCCAGCCCAUGGGCUUCACUGAAACCCUGCGGCCCGUGUGUCUACCCAGAACACGUCAGAAGUUCCAGAGCAUGGGCAACUGCUGGAUCAGCGGAUGGGGACACGUGAGUGAGGGAGGUCAAUUGUCUCCGGUUCUCCGAGAAGCCAAGGUCCAUCUGAUCAGCAGCCAUCUCUGUAACCAGUCCUCAUAUUACCCGGGGAUGAUCACGGCCCAAAUGUUAUGUGCCGGCUACCUGGACGGAAAAGUGGACUCCUGUCAGGGGGACAGCGGGGGUCCUCUCGUCUGCCAGGAGGGCGGCUUAUGGUGGCAGGUCGGCAUCGUCAGCUGGGGAGAAGGUUGUGGGCGACCGAAUCGGCCCGGAGUCUACACCAAUCUCACCACACUUCUGGACUGGGUGUAUCACCGGCUUCAGACCGACAGCGAGAUUCCGUGAGAAAGAAGACGAUCCUCCGGGAUUAU